ACUCAAUUUGGCACCAGUUUGGACUCGCUGGAGCAAAUGAAUACUUGGUGGCACCAUGUCUGACGAUGGAUUUUACACGAUACUGACCACCGUAUUGUCUGGCAUUCUGCUGGUGGCUGUUCUGGCUCUUCUCUGUUAUUUCACCUGCAGACUGGCCGGGUCGAUACCUUUGGGUGGACCUGGGCGCUUUUGAGACCAGUACUGCAACUAUUCCACAUCCGAGAUAUGUCGGUGACACGACUGGAGUCAGACUUCCACAGCUUCUCAAAGUGGCAUCUUAUGGCUGUCUAGACUCACGCAUCAGCCACACACAGACGACAACAUGAAGGUGUCAGCCUUGCUCAUUGUUUCCUUCUGUCUGAUUUUGGGGUGCUUAGGAAGGCCACAGGUCCCUGAACAAGAGAAAGACCCCAAGUUUUGGAACACAUGGGCUCAGCAGACUCUGAAAAAUGCUUUGAACAUGCAAAAUCUCAAUAAAAACAAAGCAAAGAAUCUCAUCCUCUUCCUUGGAGAUGGCAUGGGCGUACCCACGGUGACGGCUGCUCGAAUACUGAAGGGUCAGUUGAAUGGACAGAGUGGAGAAGAGACGCAGCUGGAGAUGGACAAGUUCCCUUUUGUGUCUUUGGCCAAGACAUACAACACAGACGCACAGGUGCCUGACAGUGCUGGCACAGCCACGGCUUACCUCUGUGGGGUUAAGGCCAACGAGGGCACAGUGGGCGUGAGUGCAGCUUCUGUUCGCUCCCAGUGUAACACCACAGAGGGCAAUGAGGUCACCUCCAUCCUCAGAUGGGCUAAAGAUUCAGGAAAGUCUGUGGGAAUAGUGACUACGACACGUGUCAACCAUGCAACUCCGAGCGCUGCUUAUGCCCAUUGUGUGGACAGAGACUGGUACUCUGACAACGAGAUGCCAGCUGAAGCCCUGCAGGCUGGGUGCAAGGACAUUGCUCGACAGCUUUUUGAAAACAUUCCCAACAUUGAUGUGGUUAUGGGUGGAGGAAGGAAAUAUAUGUUCCCCAAAAACAUGUCGGAUGUAGAAUACCCUGAUAUAGCCAAGUACAGCGGCACACGGAAAGAUGGAAGAAACCUAGUGACAGAAUGGACAGACAGAAUGAAGGAUAAGAAUGGUCAUUAUGUAUGGAACAAGAAGCAGCUUCUAUCCCUGAACCCAAACAAUGUGGAUUACUUACUGGGUAUCUUUGAACCUAUGGAUCUGUCUUAUGACUUGGAGAGGAACUCUGACUCCGAUCCUUCACUGACAGAGAUGGUGGAUGUAGCUAUCAAGAUUCUGAGGAAGAAUCCCAAUGGAUUUUACCUGCUUGUAGAAGGAGGACGUAUUGACCAUGGACACCAUGAGGGCAAGGCCAAGCAGGCUCUGUAUGAAACUGUGGAAAUGGACCGGGCUAUUGGCCGUGCAGAUCUCUUGACCAGCAUCCACGAUACACUGACCGUAGUUACUGCUGAUCAUUCUCACGUGUUCAGCUUUGGAGGCUACACAUUCAGAGGAAAUUCAAUAUUUGGUCUGGCCCCAAUAUUGAGUGAUGUUGAUCAGAAGCCUUUCACUUCUAUUUUAUAUGGAAAUGGACCAGGUUACAAACUUGUCAACGGUGCAAGGGAGAAUGUUUCAAGUAUUAACUACAAGGAAAACAACUACCAGGCCCAGGCAGCUGUACCUCUGAGUUCAGAGACUCAUGGAGGAGAUGAUGUGGCUGUGUUUGCAAAGGGUCCUCUGGCUCACCUGCUGCAUGGAGUCAAUGAGCAGAACUACAUCCCCCAUGUAAUGGCGUAUGCAGCCUGCAUCGGUCAGAACAGGGGCCACUGUAUGUUAAAAGGUGGAACAGUUGGUUUGCAGCCAGUCUUUUCUAGCAUUGCAACCAUUGUCACAGUCGCUCGACUUCUGUGCUGACCUUCCCCAGACAAUUUUCUUUUAUCAUUAGAUUUAUCAAGUCUCUCAUUUUAAGAUUUGAUUUUUUUUAUUAUUCUACUGUAUUUUGAUUGUGGGACCACUAUAAAGAAAUCUUUUUUUAUGAUAGAAAUUAACCAACAGAAAUUAUAAUCACAACUAUACUCAAGGGACUUAAAAAGGCACCACCCAUUUAAUUAAAAAUGAUUUUAAAAAUAAAUAAAAAUAUUGUUGUUUUAACAGAACAUGAUGACUGAGGGCAACAUCCACAUUCUCCUUUUAAUACAUUUUAGUAUCAGAACAACCAUAAAGUGUAGCAACAGUGUGUGAUGCUGGCUGAGAUCUCUUUGCAGGUGACCUCGGUAAGUCUUGGUCACGUGUUGCUGACCUUGCCUGAGUCAGUCUAAUUUACUGUUGCUGCAGAAUCAUGUUCUGGCACAAUCAUGGACAGAUUUCCAUUCUUUAGUCUGGCUGUUUCUUCUGCUUAGCCAUGUAAUUGUGCAGACAUUACAAGGAUUUUAUUUUGUGGUUGUUUUGUUGCAAUGGUACACAAUCUUUAGAGGUGGGCAUUUGUCAAUUUAUUUAAGGAUGGAGAACUGACCAACUUGGGGCAAAAUUAUUUUCUCCUGCAAGUCAGUGAGAACAUUACUCAACCCUCCCCAACUUUUUUUCCUUUUUUUAUGUGAGCUUAUUUUUCAUAAAUUUGAAAAAUAAGGGUGGUGCACUUUUAAAUUGUUGGUAAAAUUUCAGUUUCAGCCUGUUCAGCCAAAUAUUUAUGUAAAAAAAAAAGAAAAAAUCAUGAUGUAUCAAAAUCAUUUUUAAUCAUAUAAUCAGAUAUAUUGAUUGUAACCUUAAUUUUUAAAAAAUUGAUUUUAAGAUCUGUUUAAUCUUGUUUAAUUGAACUCAUUUGGUUUAAAUAGACAGAAUUUGCAAAUAUUUGAAGUUGUUUCAUAUUUCAAAUGUAUUCAAAUGUGCAGUUAACAGAAUCUACCUCAGUAGCUUCCAAAACAUCACUCAUGACAAUAGCGUGUUCUCACGGAUGGACUUUGUUGAGCAAAUUUUGUGCCAGAGCCAGAGGCAACUGAAUGUAUAAUUGACAAAACAUCAAAAUAUACAUGGGUUUCUUAUCAAACUGUAGCCUACACUUUCCAUUUUCACUUAAAGCAAUGAGAAAGGCCAUGUUCUAUUUUGUCCAAUUACCAUUUCUAAAUACCAUUUGUAUCGUCUGAUCAUCUUGCUGUCCAUUCCAUUGCAACAAUAAUGAUUUAACCAGU